AUGACGGCCAAGAUGGAGACUCCUUUCUACCACGACGACUCCCCGGCCGUCCCUGGUUACAGCCAUAUUGCAGAAUAUGACCGUUACCCGGGAAACAAGAUGCUAAUGAGUAAGAAGGCCGUGUCAGUGAUGAGCAGUCAUCACUUCCCCAGCAGUGGUGCAGCAGGAGGGAGGGUCGGGAACCACCACAACGUGGGGCUCACUGGCAAUAGCUCUUUGAUGACAUCAGCGGUGCCCUCGGUGGAUAUGAACUUGCUGAAGCUGGCAUCCCCCGACCUGGAGCACCUAAUCAUCCAGUCCAACCAGGGACUGGUUACCACCAGCCCCGCGUCGAACUCUAGCAAUCCCUUCAUCUACCGCAACCAGGCGACCAACGAACAAGAAGGAUUUGCUGAUGGCUUUGUCAAAGCACUCGCCGACCUUCACAAGCAGAAUCAGCUGGUGGGAGGUGGCCAUAUGUCCCCGUCCUCGCCCUCCACUGCCUCCCUGCAGGCAACCUACCAGAGGAACCUGAUGCCCGGAGUAGACAUGCCCAUCUACACCAAUCUUAGCAGCUACAACCCGGGCCAAAUGCCAUAUCCUGGGGGACAGAUGGCAUACGGUAGUGGCUCAGGCCAAGGCGGUGGUGGAGCCCCUCAACCCCACAUCCGAGGCCUUGACGCCCCUCAGACCGUCCCUGAGGCACCUAACCUGCGGGGCGACCCCAUGUCCCCACCCUCCCUCUCCCCAAUUGACCUGGAGACACAGGAGCGAAUCAAAGCAGAACGCAAGAAGCUCCGUAACCGUAUUGCCGCGUCCAAGUGCCGUAAGCGAAAGCUGGAGCGUAUCUCGCGGCUGGAGGAGAAGGUAAAGGUUCUGAAAAACCAGAACUCAGAUUUGGCCUCCACCGCUGCCAUUCUCCGGGAGCAGGUCACGCAGCUUAAGCAGAAAGUCAUGAGUCAUGUCACCAAUGGCUGCCAGAUUGCUGUUGCCUCAGCCACUGCCAAGUCUGGAGGUGAAGGCACCGGCAGCGAGGACUCAGGCUGCUGA